CAAAUAAACCAUUAUGCAAAAAUUGGCGAUGAUGUCAUUUAGCGACUUCUAGCGACUUUUAGGACAGCCAAUAGCUACUUUCCUUACUGAGAAGUUGGCAACACUGCACGCGACAGGGACAGAGAAGAUGGCGAACAUUUUAGAAACAGAGGAGUUACGGCUGUGAAGGAGAGGUUCGAUACCACCAUGCCCUGGGAGGGUCCCAUUUGUCAUCUCGCCAUGGUCACCAUGGUGAUAUGAAGCCAGUCUGAAACAUUGACACUCACACGAACAGGUUCACACACAGACUGUCAGUGGUUGACUGAUACAGCCAGCCAGCCAGCUCGACAGGCAGGUGUAUGUAAUGGACAGGUGUAAGCAUGUGGGGCGGCUGCGGCUGGCCCCAGACCACUCCAUCCUCAACCCCCAGAAGUGGCACUGCGUUGACUGCAACACCACUGAGUCUGUAUGGGCCUGCUUGGGCUGUGCUCAUGUGGCAUGUGGGCGCUACAUCGAGGAACACGCUCUGCAGCAUUUCCAGCAGCAGCACCACCCACUGGCUAUGGAGGUCAAUGAACUUUAUGUUUUUUGUUAUUUGUGUGACGACUAUGUCCUGAAUGAUAACGCCACUGGAGACCUCAAGCUGCUUCGUAGUACACUCAGUGCCAUCCAGAGCCAGCGCUAUGAGGUCACCACCCGCAGUGGCCGCACCCUCCGUUCUGCGAGCGCUGCCCCCGAUGCCCUCAUGUCAUUAGGGGCCCUCGAGCUGCAGCUGAAGGAUGAGGACAGGAUGUUUACUGCCCUCUGGCACCGUCGCAGGGCAUUGCUGGGGCGUGUGUUUCGCUUCUGGUUUGGACUGACUGAAUGUGGAAAGAAGAGGGAGGAAGAAGAGAGGAAGAGAGAAGAGGAGGAGGAGCAAAAAAGGGAGGCGAGGGAGAGGAGGCGGACUCUGAAGAGGCAAUUAAGGGAAGCACUGGAGAAUGCUCCUCUCAGGAAGAGUCGUCGCUUACGUCUGAAGAGCCAGAGAGCUGCAGACGCGGGGCCAUCUCGAAGGGCUCGCAACAAAACAAAAAUCUCUGUGCCCCUGACUCUCAUCCGCAGGCCACGGACUCAAAGUCCUGUCACCUCUAUCCCCAACAAACCUGGAGGGACGAAAAAGGUCCAACAAACUCCCAAACCCCGGAGUUGUUCUUCUACCAAAAAAUCUAAGCCCAAAACGCCCUCAGUAACCCCCCAUACUGCUCAGAUCCCUGUGCGACACAAGCAGAGUAUGAAACACGGUGGCUCACCCUUUAAACGGCGUCCCACAGUCACUCCUGGAGUGACAGGCCUGAGGAAUUUAGGCAACACCUGUUAUAUGAACUCCAUUCUGCAGGUGCUGAGCCACCUGCAUGUCUUCAGGGAGUGCUUUCUUCGCCUGGACCUCACCCAGGCACUGGAGCUACUGGCUUCUGCUGUCCAUGGCCAACUAGCAGGGAAGGCCUCGUCCCAGUCCCCCCUGUUCCAGAGGAGGGGUCUCCAGACCAGUGCAGGCUCUGGGAUAGGGCUAAGUGGUGGGGCCUCGCGGGCCCGCAGCAUGGAGCUGAUACAACCCAAAGAGCCCAGCUCAAAGCACAUCUCUCUCUGCCACGAACUGCACACUUUGUUCCAGGUUAUGUGGUCUGGUAAGUGGGCGUUGGUAUCACCUUUUGCUAUGCUCCACUCGGUGUGGCAGCUGAUCCCAGCAUUCAGGGGCUAUGCUCAGCAGGAUGCUCAGGAGUUCCUUUGUGAGCUGCUGGACAAGGUGCAGCACGAGCUGGAGAGCACCGGCAAGCACACAAGCACUGCAGGGGUCCCACAGACACAGAGGCGACUCAUCAAGCAGGUGCUCAGUGUGGUCAACACCAUUUUUCAUGGCCAGCUGCUCAGCCAGGUAACGUGCUUGGUGUGUGACCAUCGCUCCAACACUGUGGAGCCUUUCUGGGAUCUGUCACUGGAGUUCCCCGAGCGGUAUCACAGUAACAGCAGGGAGUCGGCCGCACAGGCUUCGUGCCAUUUGACUGAAAUGCUGGCCAAGUUCACAGAGACUGAAGCUUUAGAGGGAAACAUCUACUCCUGUGACCAGUGUAACUCUGCGAGAAGGCGGACCUCCUCCAAACCAGUCAUCCUGACCAAAGCACAGAAGCAGCUGAUGGUGCACAAACUGCCUCAGGUCCUCCGGCUUCACCUCAAGCGCUUCAGGUGGUCUGGCCGGAACCACCGGGAGAAGAUUGGCGUCCAUGUCAGCUUCGACCAGCUUAUCAACAUGGAGCCCUACUGUUGCUGGGAGCCAUGCUCCAGUCCCAGUAGCCCCAGCUCUCCAGGCUCACCACGUCCAAAGCACUUCCUCUACGAACUCUCUGCUGUGGUGAUGCAUCAUGGGAAGGGCUUCGGCUCUGGCCACUACACUGCCUACUGCUACAACACAGAAGGAGGCUUCUGGGUUCACUGUAAUGACUCUAAGCUGAAUGUGUGUUCGGCGGAGGAGGUCUGCCGAGCUCAGGCCUACAUCCUUUUCUACACACAGCAAGCAACUCAGGACAAAGCUCGGCCACAAUAGGACCACAAUUCCCCUACUCCUACCCCCGCAGCAGCCUGACCACUCAGCGACAAGAUAUCGGCACAGCCCCACCUAUUGCUUAUUCUCUCUGUCUUUGGGCAUUUGUAUCCUUGGAGGAUGUCUUUUUGAACAAUUUUUCUAAGAAAAAGAAGAGAGGAAGGACUUCUUUAAAAACUUGGUUCUGCUUUAUGAACCUCUUGUAUAUGGUGUUUAUAUGUAGGUAUUUUUACAAACAAAUGGUGGUUUGUGAUUUGUGUACAGUUGUAUUUUUUUAUUAUAAAGAAGAAAGUAUUAGCCAAGAUGUCUUAGUAGCAGCCAACAAACUGUGGCCGGGCAUGACUGCAGUGCACUCUGCAGGUGUUUUCACAGGUCUGCCUAUGUGGCUUGUUGCUGUUUGUUUGUUUAAAUCAGCUGAAAUGUUUCUCAGUCACUUUAGAUAGUGAACACAGAACUGGAUGUAGGGUUGUAAAAUGUUGUUCACUCACUAAAAAUGGCCACUGUGUUCUAGAUUUGGUUGUAUUCAACCAUUUUCCUGCCAGACAUGCACUAAUUACUACAGAAAAGGCCGGUAACUUUUGUUUUUACUCAGUGUUGGUUCAUAGUUAUAGAUCUGUACACAAGCAGAGGAGAAAGUUUUUCACUCCUGGGUCUGUUGGGAAAAAUGGCAGACCUCAAACCAAAGCCUUGGGGAAACCUCUGAGCAUUUCCAAAAGGGUUCAUUUUUUUCCUUUUAUGACUGAUAUA